GUUACCGCGUCCGCCAUUUUAACUCAAAUAAACAUGUCAGAAGAGCUUAUUUUGCUCUCCUAACCCAGGACUCGGGAUCUGGAAUUAACUGUGUGUGUGUGUGUGUGUGUGUGUGUGUGUGGAGGACAGGUGAGGAGACAGCAGGGUGGGGGAAUCUCAUCUCAGUGCAUUGUGUUGCAGCAGGACGCAAACAGCGCGCGCCGCCGAUAUUCCUCUUCCUCUUCUUCUUCUUCUUAUUAAUAUUAUUAUUAUAGGUUUGUUUAUUAAACGUGAGACGAUCCGAGCUGCUGAGUCGGACAGCUUUACACGGACUGCUGAGGCAUUAAAGUUCCGGUGCGAGGCCGCAGCCAUGUUCUGGAAGUUUGACCUCCACACGGCGUCUCAGGUGGAGAAGCUGCUGGAGAAGGACGACGUGACGCUGACGGAGCUGCUGGAUGAAGAUGACGUGCUGCAGGAGUGUAAGGCUCAGAACCAGCGCCUCCUCCUCUUCCUCACUCAGGACAGCAGCUUACAGGAGCUUCUCAGCCUCAUCACACACGAGCCCCCUAGUGACCGCGAGGAGAAACUGCGCUACAAGUAUGCCAACAUGGCGUGUGAGCUGCUCACGUGUGACGUAUCGGUCAUUAAUGAUAAAGUGGGCGGAGACGAUUCUCUCCUGAACAUGCUUUACAGCUUCCUGGAGCAGGAUCCGCCACUAAACCCGCUCCUCGCCUCCUUCUUCAGCAAAACAUUCGGCAGCCUGAUCAGCCGGAAAACCGAGCAGACAAUCAGCUUCCUGAGGAAGAAGGAGGGAUUUCUAGGGUUGGUGUUGAAGCACAUGUACGUGUCGGCCAUGAUGGACCUCCUGCUGCGCCUCAUCAGCUGUGUGGAACCGGUUCAGCUCCGACACGACAUCCUCACCUGGCUGGAUGAAGAGAAGCUUAUUCAGAGAAUAACCGAGUUAAUUCAGCCUCAUACUGAUAGUGAGAGGCAGUCGAAUGCCUCUCAGGCUCUGUGUGACAUCAUCCGCAUGGGUCGUGAUCAGCCCGGACUGCAGGAGCUGUCAGGUUCUGACCCCCUGCUCGCUACACUGGAGCUACAGCAGAGUGUGGAAUCUCUGUUAAAGAACAUGUUUGAGGGAGAGAAGAGUGAAGUCUGCAUAGUUAACGGGACUCAAGUUUUACUCGCUUUAUUGGAGACUCGCAAAACAGGGGUGGAGCUGAUAGAUCCGGGAUCUCAGACUCUGAAUCAGUCGUAUUCUGUAAACAACAGCAUCUUAUUGGGCAUUGAGGCGCAUCUGAAGCACUACCGCCAUCUGCUGCUCGAGCCACCUAAGAAGUGCAGCAUGUUGACGACUCUCGGGGUUCUGGAGGAGCCGUUCGGGAACGCUCGACUUCACGCCUGCAGGCUGAUGGCCGCUCUGCUCAACACCCGUGCUCCCAGAAUGCACCAGGAGCUCUGCCGACUCGACAUGAUCAACCUGCUCCUGGACCUGUUUUUUAAAUUCACCUGGAACAAUUUCCUCCAUGUUCAAGUGGAGCAGUGUGUGUCGGCCAUCCUCAAUCAGACGGCACCUGACGGGACGGUGGAGGACAGCCCGGAGCCGAAACGACCCGAGAACACACUCGCGGACACGGCUCACGCGCAGCACGGAGACGCAGCCAUGUUCUCACACCAAGAUCUCCUCACGCAUCUGUUUCAGACCUGCAGAUUGGUACAGCGGAUUCUCGACGCUUGGGAGGAGAACGAAAGAACACAGUCUGAGGGUGGCAUGAGGAGGGGCUACAUGGGGCAUCUGACCCGGAUAGCGAAUGCGGUGGUACACGGUGUGGAGACAGGAGCUGCUCAGGGUCACGUCACGCAGCUUAUAGACGAUCUACCUGAGGAUUAUAGAGAACGUUGGCAGAAAUUUGUGGACGAAACGUUAGCAGAGACGAACAAGAAAAACGCAGUGGAUCUGGUCUUUUCUGACUACCAGAUCCAGCAAAUGACGGCGAACUUUGUUGACCAGUUUGGGUUUAAUGAUGAUGAGUUUGGGGAACACGACGACGGCAUCAAUGCGGCGUUUAAUCGCAUCGGAGGAAUCAAAUGCAAUCUGGUGGAUGAAGGCCCGAGCGCAGGAGCGUUUCAGGCCUGCACUAAGGGGAAAAUCCGUGCGUUUGAUGAUGCGGAUGAGGAGGAGGACAUCUGGGAGGACAAAGAAAUAAACUACGCAACACAAGUGAAAUCUAGAACCAGGUUCGGCGUGACAUCGACCCUGAAGAGUGACGUCGAGGGCGGGCCUCUGAGGCGUCUGGGGUCACCUGAUCUGGAGUGUUUUCCAGACUGCAAACAGCUCCUGGACAACAGCAGGAGCGAAGACGCGGAUAAGGACAGCAGCCUUCCACAGAGUCCAGGUUGGGUGGCGAGUUUUGAGGACGAUUUUAACUUUAAGGCGGACUUUGCAGGCGUGGCCAUCGACAACGGGUCGGGAGUGUGGGGCAGCACCACGGCUCCACUAAACGACAGCGAGGAUAAAGGCUGGGCCACGUUCACUGACUUCCAACCUUUCUGCUGCUCGGACUCCGGGGCGCGCUGCAGCUCUCCUGUGGACUCGGACAACUCGGAAAAACAGAACCAAGAUAAAGAUGUGAGGGGCUCGGCGGCGUGUGUGUGGAGUGUGUGUGGAGCGAGGAAAGCUCCUCUGGUGGCGUCGGACAGCAGCUCCAGCGGCUCGGACAGCGAGGACGAGGAGGAGAAGAGCGAAGCUGCCGGCAACAAGGGGAACGUUACAGUCACUACAGACGGCAAAAACGAGAAAACACUCCUUAACCGCGACGCGGACGCUAAAUCGCUGGGUUUCGUGGCCGAACCUCCUCCAGCGGCGGAGCAGAAAACGGACUGAAGGGAAAACUCGAGCGUUAAUGGUCCGAUGAAAACGCUCUCGGAGUGUCCUCCCGGUGUUUGUGACGUCAUCACUGCCCCGCCCACAACAAACAAACAAACAAACAUCCGUUUCCAUCGAGCGUGUAAAAGUUAUAAUUCAGGAUGGAAACACCGGAGUGUCUUUUUCUUUUCUUUCUCAGCUGUGAUUAGUAGAGACCCGGGCUGCGGCACUGAGGUGUAAUAAUGCGGAUUACUGCAGUUAUAAAUGUAUAUAAACAUAAGAACAGCUGAAAUCUACAGUUAGUGUGGCUUUAUCUCACGGCUACACGGCUCUUUAGAACACGUUCACGCGCACUGCGUUGACUCCAGGAAGCGUAAAGCAGCACUGGAGACUCUAUGACCGGUUUAUGACGCGUCACCACGGAGACGUUAGAGUUUAUGGUUACAGUCCGGACAAAACUGUUGUAACUCUGAUUUUUAUACUUAUUUUGCAAGUUCUGAGCACAUUUAUGAAGCUUUACGUCAUUUUUCUAUAAACCAAGCCACGCCAUUCCUGUUCGUCCAGCCGAGGUACGAAACCGCGCAGAAGAAAUUCUCUGCAGAGACGAUUACAGAGGAGGCGGAGGGCCUUAACGGGUAAAAAGUUCAAAUGUAAAACAGGGAUUUAAAAAAAAAAAAAAAAGCCUACAUAAUAAAUCAUAAUUACUUAAUUAUUUAGGAAUAAAAAGUGUACAUUUGGGAACAAAUCAUAUUGAAACCUGUUUUGAUUUUUCCACUUAUUCGUUUAACUUAUUUUACUUUCCGUUUUACUUUUUGUAUUUAUUUUUUCGUUUAAGGUUAUAUUUUAAUGUGUGCGCUAACCACAGAAAAAAAUUGGUCCUGAUUAUGAUUUAAUGCUUUAAUGAAUGCAUUAAUUCUUUCCUUUCUAACCAGUUAUUAUUUAUGUUUGGGGGGGGGGGUUCCCCCUGGUUCAAUUUCUUUUCUUUUUAGUUUCGUGGCCCUCUUCGUCCUCCAUAGAAGAUACUUUCAAAGUCAUUAAAUAGAAAGUUUCUGAAACAAAUUGCUAUAGAAUGUAAACACUAUUCCAAAAAAGCCUGAAAGAUGAUAUUUUCCAUCUGAAAAUACGAGAUUUCUCUGUAAGACACCAGUGCAGAAGAAAUAAAUGUAAACGUUUAGAAAUAAUGUAGGGUGCCAAGACUUUUUGCACUGUGAAAAUGUUUUUUUUUUUUUGUUUUUUUUUUUUUUUUUUGGGGGGGGGGGGGGGGGGGUAAAUCAAAAUGCUGUGGUGAAGGUUUAUAAAGUAUACAUUAGUGCUUCAUAACACGGUUAUAAAGGACAAAUUGACCAAUUAACUGUAGAAGGUAAAAAUAAAUCUGCCGCAUAAAUUAAUUAAAUAAUUACACAGUAAGUGCGUAAGUAAAUAAAUAGAUAACUAACUAAAUAAAUACGUUUUCAUGGAUGUUUAAUAAAUAAAUAGAUUAAUAAGUCAAUAAAACUAUUUUAAAAUAAAUGUCUAAAAAAGAAAAGAGUUUAACGCUUAAAAUAUGUACAACCUUUAAGGGUUCUACUGUAGUCCCUCUGAGAGAACCCUUAACGGUUCUACUGUAGUCCCUCUGAGAGAACCCUUAACGGUUCUACUGUAGUCCCUCCGAGAGAACCCUUAACGGUUCUACUGUAGUCCCUCCGAGAGAACCCUUAACGGUUCUACUGUAGUCCCUCCGAGAGAACCCUUAACUGUUCUACUGUAGUCCCUCUGAGAGAACCCUUGACGGUUCUACUGUAGUCCCUCUGAGAGAACCCUUAAUGGUUCUACUGUAGUCCCUCUGAGAGAACCCUUAACUGUUCUACUGUAGUCCCUCUAAGAGAACCCUUGACGGUUCUACUGUAGGCCCUCUGAGAGAACCCUUAACUGUUCUACUGUAGUCCCUCUGAGAGAACCCUUAACGGUUCUACUGUAGUCCCUCUGAGAGAACCCUUGACGGUUCUACUGUAGGCCCUCUGAGAGAACCCUUAACGGUUCUACUGUAGUCCCUCUGAGAGAACCCUUAACGGUUCUACUGUAGUCCCUCCGAGAGAACCCUUGACAGUUCUACUGUAGUCCCUCUGAGAGAACCCUUGACGGUUCUACUGUAGGCCCUCUGAGAGAACCCUUAACUGUUCUACUGUAGUCCCUCUGAGAGAACCCUUGACGGUUCUACUGUAGUCCCUCCGAGAGAACCCUUGACAGUUCUACUGUAGGCCCUCUGAGAGAACCCUUAACUGUUCUACUGUAGUCCCUCUGAGAGAACCCUUGACGGUUCUACUGUAGUCCCUCUGAGAGAACCCUUAACGGUUCUAUGUCGAACCCUACAGCGAAGAGUUUCAUUUGAAGAGCAUCAAACUUCCAUCUCCAUAAAUGAGAGAAAUGUAUAUAAAUUUAAAUCAUAAAUGAAAGGAAUACACUUUCAGGGAAGUUGGAUGACGCUCUUUAUUAUGGAUGCUUUAUAGAACAGUUAUAAGACUUUAUAAGCGUGCGUUAUUAAAGACAAACUAAUAACUUGCAAGAUAAGAAUAAAAAAAAAAAAUGUAAAUAAAAAUCACUCGUGAUUAAACAUGACGGUUCUCCUCGUCUCUGCGUUCAGGAGACGUGACCAGAAAAUAACACGUAUGCAGUGCUUAUGAAUGUGUUAUGAAGACCCAAUGUAGCUAGCCUUUAAAUAAAUGUGCAAUAAGGUCUUAUUGUGUAGCUGUGUUAAUUAUUCCUCUCUGUGUGUGUGUGUGUGUGUGUGUGUGUGUGUGUUGUAUACAUUUAUAAAUUGUUUCUUUCUCUUUUGAUUGAUUUUAUAUCCAAAUCUGUCAGUCUUUGUCAGACCGCUGCGUAAUAAGACUGACGUAAACACGGCACAAGCGCAUCGUAGAGCACGUCUGAGUUCACGUACAGUGACGGAACUGUGAUGUUACUGUUCCUGCUCACUGUUUGGCAUGUACAAUUCUUUUUCUAAUUCAUGCUUUAUGAACACUGUCACGACAAGCUAUGAACACAGACCAUGCUCGUCUCUGAUUGGUUGGAACGUGUCAUGUGACGAUGGUGUGAGGGGGAAAAAAUAACUAUUAUAUGACUGGAUGUAAAAUGUUAUGACAUGGUUAUGAGUGCAUUGUGGGUGAUGCUGUGCAUUGUUGUUUUCUCAGGUAUGGUGUGUGUGUGUGUGUGUGUGUGUGCGUGCGUCUGCUUAACCCUUAAACACCCGACUCAAGUCCAGUGCUUAAUUCACAUCGCUUCGAUUACUUCAAGGAAUUUUAAUUUAAUUUUAUUUUAAGACGGUACAGGACGGGGCGAUGCGGCAAAAACGAUCGUACGAUACUUCAUCGUGAUUUCACAUUUUUCACCUCUCACUUGGGGUUUUUUUUUUUUUUUUAAAUCAGCUGUUAGAAUGAAAAAAUUAUUAACUGUAAAUAUAUUUUUAAAAAAGAAAAAAAAAACACCACCAUGUAAAUAAUCACAAAAUUCAGCGCUUCAGUGUGAGUGGGUUUAGAGGCAAUAAUUUGAGGCAGAAUUUCAACGGCUUUGCUUUCACUAGUGAUACACACACACACACACACACACACACACACACACACACAUGCGCGCACACACACACACACGCACUGUGUUUUAAUUUAUUUGUGAAUUUGCACAUCUUUCAGCUUGUUGGUUUCAGUUAUUGCACUUUUAAAACUUGAUGCUUGACACCAGAAGUUAGAAGAUGUAGACAUUGAUGACCACGGUGAUGAUGAUGAUGGUGAUGAUGGUGAUGAUGACGACGUUGAUGAUGGUGAUGAUGAUGAUGGUGAUGAUGGUGAUGAUGACGACGUUGAUGAUGGUGAUGAUGAUGAUGGUGAUGAUGGUGAUGAUGACGACGGUGAUGAUGGUGAUGAUGAUGAUGAUGAUGAUGAUGGUGGUGAUGAUGAUGAUGAAGAUGAUGAUGACGAUGAUGGUGGUGAUGAUGAUGAUGAUGAUGAUGGUGAUGGUGAUGGUGAUGAUGAUGAAGAUGAUGAUGACGAUGAUGGUGAUGAUGAUGAUGAUGGUGAUGAUGAUGAAUAUACGAGAUGUGACUGAACGUGAGUAUAUUGUACAGAAUGAACAGAUGACGUGUUCCUAACAGAUCCGGAUAGGAAAAGGACAAGUGCUCUUUAGUUUUUUGGUGGGUUGUAUUUUUUUUUAUUUUUUUUUUUUUAUUUAAUUUCUUAAAAUUUCUUUAUUUGAAUCAUUUACCAAAAAUGUUCACAGGUUGAGACAAAAAAGGUGGUGCGGUCCGAUAUAAACCUCGCACGACAAACAAAGACCACGUUCAUUAACACGAACGUUCGCGUAAACGUGAGUCGCACGACGAUGCCUCUCCAGCUUUCCGUCACCUGGUCCGGGUCGUGGUGGUUUAAAUUAACCUGCGAGAUUUUUCAUUCUGGGAAACAGAACUGUAUGAAUUUGUGAGAAAGCUACAAAACCCCUGAACAAACUUUUACACACAAAAAUCAUCAUUAAAACAGUAAAUGAUCUGGUGCACACACACACACACACACACACACACACACACACACACACACACACACACAUACACACAAUAAAAUUAAUUUUGAAAGAAAAGCACUUCGUCACAUUUCUCCUGCUGCGGCUUUUUACAGCGUUUACAGUGACAGGAUUUAGAGUAUUUACAGUGGUAGCAUUUAUAUUUCAUUUAAAUAAAAAAUCAUCUGCUGUAAGCCACACCCACCAUGGGUUUAAAUCCAAAUAAAGAUACAGACACACGCAGUGGCACUGUGUUACACUCCUGUUACUGAUGAUGAUGAGGAAUGCCGUUUUCCUCUCCUUGAGAAUGAAAGCUUUUUUAUUUGUAUUUUUUUAUAAAUAGAAAAGAUCAGAUUUAAUAUUUAUACCAUUCCCAUCUUACUGGAAAACAGGUUUCUUUCCUUUAACACGUAUUCGAGUUCAGUUCCUCACUCCUUUACUUCGACACCGCCUUCUGCUCAUCCAUUUCGUUAUUUUAUGUAUUUUAUCCCGUCUUCCAAAUUCUGUGCACUUUUUGUUCUUGUUGUUUAUGCAGCUUUUUGUUUGCGGCGCGUAUACGGUAGCAUACGACUUCCUGUUUGUAAAAACUAUGUACAAAGAAAAGUAGUAAGUAUUAUAAUAUAUUGUUAGUGAUUGUAGCUGCAGUCAUGUACUUUUACUCCGUUCUCGUUAUGAUUUAAAAAUGUUAUACUUUUUUUUUUUUUAAACCCAUAUAAUUAUUAAACUUAAACACAUUAUUCUUAACAAGGUGUUUCAGUUUCUGCUCCAACCUUGACGUGGGAGAACUGUGUGACGGGAACCCGUCCUGUUCCGGAGUGUACUCGAGUCCAACUUGAUUAUUUUUCCCGGGUUGUCUUUUUUUAAAGUCAUGUUUAUUACAGCUUCAUCGCGUUGCGUGUAUGAGUCUGGGUUAUAGUGUACCUGGGGGAAAAAAGAUAAAUAAAGUUGGACUUGUAUCUGUGUAAACAUGUAAAUGAAAUGCUGAAAUAUACAGCUGCAGUCAAAAGUAUUCACCCCCCAGUGCAAAUCAGGUUUAUUGUCAGAAUGGACAGACUUUCAGCUGUUUGUGAUGAACAAAUCAAACAAAAGCGAUUGAAACAGUUCGACACAACGAAGCGGUUUCCCCAAAUUCAACUGAAAAUGCAACUUAUAAGGAUUUCUCCAGUCUCAAAAUUAUUCACCCCCUUCAGGGCGAGCAUCUUUAGUACUUAGUAGAGCUUCUCUUGCUGUUAUGACCUGCUGUAAACGAGAUGCAGAGCUUCUGCAGCGUUCCUGAGGAAUCUUCUCCCGUUCCUCAUGAGCACUGGCCUCCAGGUCAGUAAUAUUCUUGGGUUUGCGUGCUGCGACCGCCUUCUUCAAAUCCCACCAGAGAAGUCAGGUGACUGUGAUGGCCCUGUAGAAUCUUCCAGGACUUCUUCUGCACCCGAGCCUUGGUGGAAUUUGAGGUACGCUCGGGAUCGUCGUCCUGUUUGAAGGUCCGAUGACGGCCAAGCUUCAGCUUCCUCACAGACGGCAUGAGGUUUUCUCCUGGGAUUUCCUGAUACCUCACUGAAUCCAUCUCACCUCCCACACGCUGCAGGUCUCCAGUGCCAGAGGAUGCAGAGCAGCCGCAGAGCAUCACCGAGCCCCCACCAUGCUCGACUGUGGACAGAGUGUUCUUUCUCCAUUCUUCUUCCUCCAGACGUACCGCUGAUCCAUCGCGCUGAAAAGUUCCAGUUUAGUCUCAUCACUCCACAGAACUGAAUCCCAAAACUCCUGUGGAUUGUUUAUAUGAUUCUGAGCGACUGUUCUUGUGCUUUUGGGUCAGUAGUGCUGAACGUCUUGGAGUCCUGGCAUUGAAACCUUCUGCGUUUACUACACACCUUACUGUGCUCACUGACACCUCAGUGUCUGUUACACCGAGUCUCGCUGCAGGUCUUUUACAGUCACUCGAGGGUUUUUCACAACCUGCCUUCUCACAAAGCUGCUUGCAGCCGUCGAUAGUUUCCUUUUUCUGCCCCGUCCAGGUAUCUCAUACAGGUAUUUCUGCCCCGAGCCAGUUCAGGUAUUUCAUGUGUUCCAGCUCAAGCACACCUGCUGCUUGAGACAACAGCCGUUUUACAUAUUUGUGCUGUUGUGGGGGAUUCAGUUCAGUGGGUUGAAUAAUUUUGAAACUGGUGAAGUCAUUGUAUAUUAUUUAUAGUUUUUUAUUUAAUUAUAUAUUGAGUCGUGUUUUCAGUUGGAUUUGGGGAAACCGCUUGAAGCAUCCGUUGUGUCGAACUGUUUCAAUCGCUUUUGUUUGCUUUGUUCAUCGCAAACAGCUGAAAGUCUGUACAUUCUGACAAUAAACCUGAUUUGCACUGGGGGGUGAAUACUUUUAAUUGCAACUGUAUAUAAAAAUAAUACUAUCAAGGGGAAGAAUAUAAUCUGGUUCAGUAUUGUAAAGUAUCUUCUGCCUUCAGCUCUGUGUGUUUGUAUUGUAAAAUGAGUCUGAUUUAUUUUUAUUAUUAUUUUUAUUAUUAUUACUAAUGCAAUACUGUGCUUCUUUAUUUGGGCUUCAUCAAAUCAAUAAAAUCCUUUCAGAUGUGUUCAA